GAACUCUGGCACCUAUGUCUAGAUACCACUACAUCCUUCUCUCCCUUUACCCCCCAUUUCCCCCAAACUCCGAGCUAAAAAUCCGCCAAUCUAUCCAAGAAGCUCUCAUCCAGUCUUUUGGCGUUGCUCUAGGGUCGACUUACGUCGACAUAAUAUCUAUUAAAGACGAUGGGAGUGAAGCAGUCCUGCGUGCUGACGUUGGUGAUGCUAAGCCAAUCAUGGCAUCCUUGGCUGCAUAUACCUCGAGCAUGCGAGUCGUGAAAGAUACGGCGUUUUUACCGGCGCUUCUGGCCACACGAGUCCGAUUUUGAGCAUUGAGUCCGUAUUCGUUGAACCCUCGAAGUUUGGUAGUCGAGAACUAAACCCCGUUUUCCGGCUGGGAAGUUUUUGACGAGCAGAACCCUCACACUAUUAAUAAAGGGCGUCGGAGUGGAGUCGCGGUUCGAAUCAGCUACGCGACGUACAGUACACAUCCAUCGGCUCAGGGCCCACAACAAGUCUUUUUUUUCGUUGUGUGGGGUUGUAAAAAGCGAAAAUAAAGUAACCUUUUAUAGAACAUCUUGUCCGUGACAUCAAGUCAUAAUGCAUAAUGCACCCUCCUGACCAACCGCACCAAUCACGAAUGCGGUAGACUUAUGAGCUCCCUCUUACGCGAUAUAGAGAGAGCUCAAUGGGACAUGGCCUGAGUCCCCCGACACAACGGUUACCUUCC